UGGCGCAACAGAGUUUGAUAUCCUCAACAUCAAUGCAGGUCAUAGCCUCAUCGUCAGACACACGUACGAAGUACAGGGUGACAAGACCGGUAGCCUAGAGCUGGUCUCACCAUUAGAUAACAAGGCUUUCAUCUUUGCAGUAAAGGUAUGGAACAAGUUAAAUGUAACACUGAACAUAUCGCCAGCAGCUGCUAAGCCACGUGACAACUUUACCCUGACCUUUGUCAACCCACCAAAUGUAGGUUUUCAAUACAUAAUAAACUGCAGUGGUAGGCAUUUAUUCAGCAACAACCAGUCAGCGCUGUAUGCAAACUUUUCUCCUCCCGUCCCUCCCUACACCGUCUCCUUCGAAAAUGUAGGAGAAUACGUCAUCAGCUUUUACGCCUUUAACCCUCUUUACUCAGUCAACACAAGCUACACUGUCUAUGUGGAAAUUCCACUCACAGGACUGCAACUGACCCAUGGCAACAGAUUUUACGACAAAGUGAACGACACCACCAAAUUAACGGCCACGUUUGCUACAGGGACUGCGCUGACUGCACAGUGGAUCUUUGACGACAAAGUCUACGUACAACAGGUGCCCGACACCGCAUAUGCAUCGGCUUUCACUUACCCUCACGUCUGGGAAAAUACGGGUACUUUCAUCGUGUACCUCAACGUGUCCAACCGAGUCAGCGCUAACUACACACAGGAAAACGUCACAGUACUUCACCCGCUUAACGGAUUUACCUUUUCCACCUCCGAACACCAUCUUGCAGACAUUGGAGGAGCUGGUCCUAACGCUGACCAUGGCCUUGGACACAAAGGAGCCCAUGGGAAAUGUCACCUUUAACUUGACGUGGGGAGAUGGUGCAGCAGAGUUUGAUAUCCUCAACAUCAGUGCAGGUGAUAGCCUCGUCUUCAGACAUACGUACAUCGUACAAGGUGACAAGACCGGCAGCCUAGAGCUGGUCUCGCCGUCAGACAACAAGGCCUUCAACUUUGAAAUAAAUGUGUGGAACAAGUUAAACGUAACACUGAACAUAUCGCCAGCAGCUGGAAAGCCAGGUGACAACUUUACCCUGACAUUUGCUAACCCACCAAUUGUAGGUUUUCAAUACAUUAUAAACUGCAGCGGUGGGCAUUUAUUCAGCAACAACCAGUCAGCGCUGUAUGCAAAUUUUUCUUCUCCCGUUCCAACCUACACCGUUUCCUUCAAAAAUGUAGGAGUAUACGUCAUCAGCCUGAACGCCUUUAACCCUCUUUACUCAAUCAACACAAGCUACACUGUCUAUGUGGAAAUUCCACUCACAGGACUGCAACUGACGCAUAGUAACAGAUUUUACGACAAAGUGAACGACACCACCAAGCUAACGGCCACUUUUGCUACAGGGACGGCGCUGACUGCACAGUGGGUCUUUGACGACAAAGUCUACAUACAGCAGGUGCCCGACAACGUCAGUUCAUUGGGUUUUACCUACCCUCACGUAUGGGAAAAUACGGGUACUUUCAUCGUGUACCUCAACGUGUCCAACCGAGUCAGCGCGAACUACACACAGGAAAACGUCAUAGUACUACAUCCGAUUAACGGAUUUACCUUUUCCACCUCCGACACCAUCUUGCAGACAUUGGAGGAGCUAAUCCUAACGCUGACCAUGGCAUUGGACACAAGGGAGCCCAUGGGAAAUGUCACCUUUAACUUGACGUGGGGAGAUGGUGCAGCAGAGUUUAAUAUCCUCAACAUCAGUGCAGGUGAUAGCCUCGUCUUCAGACACACGUACGUCGUACAGGGUGACAAGACCGGCAUCCUAGAGCUAGUCUCGCCGUCAGACAACAAGGCCUUCAACUUUGAAAUAAAUGUGUGGAACAAGUUAAACGUAACACUGAACAUAUCGCCAGCAGCUGCUAAGCCAGGUGACAACUUUACCCUGACCUUUGUCAACCCACCAAUUGUAGGUUUUCAAUACAUAAUAAACUGCAGCGGUGGACAUUUAUUCAGCAACAACCAGUCAGCGCUGUAUGCAAACUUUUCUUCUCCCAUUCCAACCUACACCGUUUCCUUUGAAAAUGUAGGAGAAUACGUCAUUAGCCUGAACGCCUUUAACCCUCUUUACUCAGUCAACACAAGCUACACUGUCUAUGUGGAAAUUCCACUCACAGGACUGCAACUGGCGCAUAGUAACAGAUUUUACGACAAAGUGAACGACACCACCAAGCUAACGGCCACCUUUGCUACAGGGACGGCGCUGACUGCACAGUGGAUCUUUGAUGACAAAGACUACAUACAGCAGGUGCCCGACAACGUCAGUUCAUUGGGUUUUACCUACCCUCACGUAUGGGAAAAUACGGGUACUUUCAUCGUGUACCUCAAGUGGUACCCAACCGAGUCAGCGGGAACUACACACAGGAAAAGUCACAGUACUUCAGCCGAUUUUAACGGAUUUACCUUUUCCACCUCCGACACCAUCUGCAGACAUUAG